AUGCAGCUGCGAUUCGCAUGCGGCACGAUUCUCGCCUCCUUGGCUGCUGGCGUCCUCGUGAAAGAGCAUGUUCCGGGAAACCACAUUGCUGCCUUUCACAGCUUCAUUGACCAGCAUGGGCGCAACUACAAGAAGGGUACGCAUGAGUAUUUCAAGCGCCUCACGCUCUUCUCCGAGCGUCUCCAGAAAGCGGAGGUCAUCAACUCCCGACCAGGCCACCUGUGGAUUGCGGGCGUGGGACCUCUCUCAGACCUGACGCCGGAGGAGCUGAGUCAGAAGAAGGGCUGGGCUGGCUUCGCCAGUCGUAAGAGCCCAAAAGCCCUGAGGACGCAGAUGUCUCUUCUCCAGUCUGAGUCGGAUCUUCCCGAAGAGUGCAACAAGUGGUCCAACCUGACCAUGCUGCAGGCCAAAGACCAAGGCGGCUGUGGAUCCUGCUGGGCGGUGACCUCGGCCACGGUGCUCGAGGCGCACCGGGAGAUCUAUCUCGGAAAGCAGGAGCCGCUGUCCGCCCAGCAUUUGGUGAACUGUGUGGAGAAUCCUCGGAACUGUGGUGGUACCGGUGGUUGUGCUGGAGCCACCGUGGAGCUCGCGAUGGCCUACGUCGUCCAGAACGGGCUGGCAACCGAGGCGCAAGUUCCAUACGAAGGAGCUGAUCGGCAAUGCCAAACUGGGGCCGUAGCAGCUCUGCAGCUGUCGGGUUCUGAUGAUCUUGCAGCAUCUGGCGUUCGCAAAGCCAAGGGCAACUCUGUCGGACUUCAGACUCUGGGAAUCCACGGUUGGGAGAAACUGCCGGAGAACAAGUACCUGCCAUUGAUGCGGGCCCUCGUGCAACAUGGCCCUGUUGCUGUCUCUGUCAGCGCGGAUUCAUGGGACUUGUACCUCAAGGGCAUCUUCGACUACUGCAGCAAAGACGUGAUUAUCGAUCAUGCUGUCACCCUCACCGGCUACGGAAAGGACGUCGAGCUGGGAAAGAAGUAUUGGAAGAUUCUCAAUUCCUGGGGAAAGAACUUCGGCGAGGGAGGCUUUAUCCGCCUUCUCCGCACUGAUGAGGAGGAGAGCUUUUGCGGAACAGACAACCAGCCGGAGUUGGGAACAGGCUGCGACGGGGGCCCCACGCAGGUGACGGUUUGUGGCAUGCCCUGGGCUGAGGGUGCGGCAUCCUUUACGACACCGCGACUUUCGCAGCUGACUUCGCAGUGGAACGCACACGAAGAGUGUGAGCAAGCAGGGUUCGUGACCAGGGAGGCCACGUCUGGCCGGCACUUCGAAGUCAAGGGCUUCCAAAGUGUCGGUAUGUGGCCUCUGCUUCUGGGAGGCAUAGGUCUGGGCGCCUUGGCUGCUCGGCAGGGUUUAAGGGCCGUGCGAGCCUCUGGGGUCAAGGUGAACUUCAACAUGCCAGCCUUUGGUGGCUUCGGAGCAUUCAGCAGUGGCAUGCAGGGCUUCGAGGCACCGAUGACUCGUGCAGAGGCACGGCAGAUUCUGAAUCUGUCUUCCAUGGCCCCAAACAAGGAGGCAGUGCGAGAAGCACACAGGAGGCUGCUGAUCGCAAACCAUCCGGACAAGGGUGGAUCCACAUACAUCGCCUCCAAGAUCAAUGAGGCCAAAGAAGUGAUGUUGGGAAAGAAGGCGACGUGA